UAUCUAACAACACCAAGAUUACCUUUCUAUAAUUUAAAAAAGUAAAGUUAUGAAAUUUUUCGUCCUUGAUUUUUUAAUAAUUAGCCUUUUCCAACUAUUUUGUUUGCAAAAUUUUUACUUUUAAAGAUAUAGCAAGCAAAUUUUGAUAAAAUAUUAACAAAACAUUGUUAAACAACAACAAACAAAACAACUCAUGAAUUUUAAUUUCAAUUUUUUAUAAAAUGUAAUUUUAUAUGGAUCAGGGAUCAGUUGCGACAAUUCUCAAAACCAAUUUAAUUUUUUUUAAAAGGACAUAAUUAUUAAAUUAGUAAAGCUAUUGAUAUAAAAUAUUCAGUAGAAAAAGAUAGUGUCACCCCUGUUCCUGAAAAUAUAUAGGUUUUAUAAAUGUUAAAAAUGCAUUUAAAAUAAUUAACCUCGACAUUAAAUAAAUAAUGAAAGCGACUUCAGUCUACACAUUUGUACCUUAAGAUACAUAAUUUUUAAAGAAAUAAAGCUUCUGCAAUGAAAUGUUCAUCUGAAAUAGAUACAGUGAAUAUAAAAGGAAGAGAGGCUUGAAUAUAACAAAUUGAAAACAUUAUAUUUAAUCUGAAAUGUACAAUUAUUAUUUAAUGAAAAGCAUUUUUUGGCUGACGCUAUGGUACUUAAUCUACAUAACUUUUAAAUGCAUGUUCUCAUGCUCAUGUGGGUGGCAUCUUUUUUAUUUUAAAAUAGGGGACAAUUUUAGGAAAAAUUAAAGAAAUAUAGUAAAUUUGGUCUAUAGGUGGUAUUAAUAAAUAAAAUAAUUAAGAAACAACUUAAUAAACUAUAAAUUGGGCUAACAUCAGCCUAAGUUCUUGUAGGUACAUAAUUAUAUUAUCUAUGUGCAAACUAACAUUUUUACAGAACCAUGGCACAUUUAGGAAGAAAUGGAGAAAAAUUUAUCCUCUAACCAAUUAUCUCAGCAUGGGCGGAUUUCAACCUUUUUUUUAACCCCUAUCAAUGGCAUAUUUGAACUAUAAGAAGCUUAUCUUUUUUUUUGAAAUUAUGCACACAAAAAAAGCCAAAUCACAAAAUAUUCCGACUAUGGUCCAUGCCAGCUGAUCACAGAGAUUGUCGGUGGGCAGCCUAUGUCUUUUUACGGCAUGUGACACAAGUAUUAGAGUACCUAGAUUGAAAUAAAAAAACUUAGAAAUAAAACAGUAUAUAAAUGUAAUUAUGUGUCUUAAAUGUCUUAAGUGCAAAAAUCAGCCAUCAUAUAUCAUCAAACCUCACUUCCUUAAUGACAAAAUUACUUUGAGUGAUUCAGAUUUCCCUAAGUUGGCCUAAGCUUAAUGAUUUUAUUUAAUUAAUAAAUAAUAAUCUUUAGGCUUGGACUUAUAAUUAUUAAAUGGAAUUUUUAUAAAAAUAAUAAGAUACAACUUCAACAUAACAUUACAAGACUAAGAAGACUUUGUAUAAGUUUAACUUUUUAAAGUUCUGUUUGGCCUAGCAGUCACAGGCUAUUAAAUUAGUAAGAGUAUUAUCUCCAGCACAGGUUUGAGGUUAAAAUGUUUAGAAAUCAGGGAUGGGGACUGGGGUGCUAACUUAGUAACUAUGUUACAUUUUCUUCACUCGAUUAACUGGGUUAAAAAUUUGCCUUACUCUUGUUAGUGGUCUUAGCUUAUUCCCAUAUUAGAAAUUGUAACUCUAGUAUAGGCUAUAAUAAGCUAGGCCUUAGUUAAUUAUGGUAACAUAAUCUUGAACCGAUUAGGACAUUCUAGCACCAAUAGUCCAACACUUAUAAUUGCAUUUAUCAAUACUCAAAAGAUCAGCUCGAUCAGGUGGAGUCCUUUCCCCAAAGUUAGUACUAAGAGAUAAAAAAAUUACCCAAUCUGCCUGAAUUUACCAGCGUGCUCAAAGUCAGUAUUAUUGCCAAGGGAAGUGAAGUUCUAUGGUAUGAAAUGGAUGAUUUUUGCGCUUGAGAAAAACUUAAGAUGUCUUGUGUUGAAAUUGAUAUAGUUUUAAAAUGUUUUCUUGGUCAGAAUUUUCAUCUGUGUGCUGAAGAUGAGUAAGUUCACUAUAAUAAAAAAAAAAACAUUUCCCUUUUAUUUGGAUCACUAAAAGAAUCUCAUCUUAUCGUAAUGUAUGUACAGUUUGGCCAACAUCACCCCAGAGUUAUAUGAAUUUUAUGUAUAGUUUAACAUAUAUGUAUCAUGAGUGAAAAUAACUAUUGAAAAAAAUAUGCAGAUAUUUAAAAAAUAUUUGCAUAUGACUAUAAAUUAUUCUUUGAGUGUAACUUGAUUAACAUCAUGUAAUUUUUCUUCCUAAACGUAGCCUAUAAAUCUUUAAGAAUGUCAGCAUCAGCAGUAUACAUUCUAGAUGUGAAGGGGAAGGUAAGAGCAACAAUUGGAAUAUUUUAAAGUUUUAUUGACAAAUUAAAAAAGUACUAAUUAAGGUGCAUUAUUUGUACAAUUUAUCCUCCUCAUCCUCAUGUCCCUUAGUCCUUGGACCGUUGGGGCGCCACAGAUGACAUGUGAACCAUUUAUGGCUAAGCAUUAAAAACUAAACUGCUUGUCGUGUUUUUUAUUGGGAAGUGUUUAUAAAAAAAAAAUUCAUUUUUUUAUUUAUCAUCGGCACUUUUAUCUAUUUUUAUUACAUAAUUAUUUCUUUGAACUUCCUUGUAGGUGAUGAUAAGCCGCAAUUAUCGUGGUGAUAUUGAUAUGUCGGCAAUUGACAAAUUCAUGACGUUGAUAAUGGAGAAGGAAGAAGACAGCAACUUGACUCCCAUCAUUCAACAUGGGGAUGUGGCCUUCAUGUACAUCAAGUACAACAAUCUUUAUCUGGUGGCUACAUCCAAAAAGAACGCCAAUGUGACACUUGUUUUUACUUUUCUACAUAAACUGGUUCAGGUGACAAAUAUAAUCAAAUAUACUACUUUUUAAAAAAAUAUUCUAAUAUGAAAUUAUAUAAUAUUGUAGUGAGUCAGGAAUUAUAAUGUAAGCAUAUUAAAAAAUGAACACGUUAUAAGGUCAACAGGACACAAUAGAUGGUCCACAUUUUUCUUACCUCCUAACCAAUACAUACAGUGAAAUAACUGAUGUUACGAAUGUCUUGUGAGUUGAAAAUAUGUAAGAAAUAAAAUAUGUUAUUGAACUUCCACUAUGAAAGUCAUUUUAUUUUUGUUAGAUUUUUGUGGAAUACUUCAAGGAACUCGAAGAAGAAAGCAUCCGAGAUAACUUUGUUAUAAUUUAUGAGCUGCUUGAUGAAGUCAUGGACUUUGGGUAUCCACAGACCACUGAUAGCAAAAUUUUACAAGAGUAAGGAGAAGUUAACACAUAGUUUUGUUACUGACUAUUAAAUUAAUCUUACUGUACCGGUAAAUAAUAUUUACAAUCAUCUCUCUUUAAAUGUGUCACUGUUGUACAUUAGAUGUAUAAGAUGGAUGAAUCUGGUAUUUUGAGAAUCAAUUAAUUUGUUUGUUUUUAAGAAGGAGGUUUUGGAAAAAUAUUCAAAGAUUAUGAGGGCAAUGGUGAAAUAAAAUCUUUUACAAGCUCUUCUAAAUAUAAUGCUGAAAAAACUUUGGUAUUUUAUUUGUUUCAUGUUAUAAAUAAUGAAUACAUUGUCUUGUAUUCUAAAUUUUACAUAUUUUGACAAAUAUGAUCUCUUUUUUAUUCAUUAGGUAUAUAACACAAGAAGGUCAAAAACUUGAAAUUGCUCCACGGCCACCUCCUGCAGUGACUAAUGCAGUUUCCUGGAGAACAGAAGGUGUUAAAUAUCGCAAGAAUGAAGUUUUCCUUGAUGUGAUAGAAUCUGUGAAUCUUCUGGUGAAUAUUUAUUAAAAUAUGACUCAUUAUUUAUAUUUUUGAAUUUAACAUAGAUGUUUGAAGCACUUUUCAUGUAAAAAAAGUAUGCAACACUUUCCAACUUUCUAAUUGAUAGAGGGGCAAUAAUGUUUUGUAAUAAUUGUUUGCCUAGAGUCUGAAUCAUUUUUGCGAUGUGCCUACAUAAUAAAAUGAAUAUAAGAAGACAUAAGGUUACAAUGUGAUUAUGUUUCUUCAGGUCAGUGCAAAUGGGAAUGUCUUACGCAGUGAAAUAGUUGGAUCAGUCAAAAUGCGAGUGUUUCUAUCUGGUAUGCCUGAAUUGAGACUUGGAUUAAACGACAAGGUUCUCUUUGAAAGCACAGGCAGUAAGUAGUCAAUAAUAUAAUAUACGAUGACCAAAAAAUUGUUACGUUUUAAUUAAAAGUUAGUUAUGAACAGCAGGAUACAAUUUAUUUUAAGAUCUAUGAAUUUUAGGGUUAAAGGGAGUAUGUUUGCAGUAGUGCAAUUAAUGAUGAAACACUUGACAGAAGAUAAGCUAAAGUUACUUCAAGGGAAAUUAAUAAUGCAAGCUAAAAAGGUCACUCCCGAAGUGGUAUUUUAACUGACAAAUGUAAGCUUACAAUUCUUUCAAUUGUUUAACAAGCCUAGCAUACGUAAUAGCUGAGGCCAAGGCUUACCUUGCUCAUUUAGUUUCUUACUUUCUAUUUCCAUCCGGUUUUGCACACCAACUGAUGAGCACUAAACAUAAUCUUAUUUAAAGGAUAAACAGAUGAAUUAAUGGAUGCUGCUUUGCCACAAAGACAAAGUCUAAUAUAUUGACUAUACAGCACAAGGGUACAGACCAAUAGAAAAGAAAGCAAAUCGUUUAUAUUUACAUUUGAUGCAUAUGACUUUUCUGUAGUGCAGUUUUUAGUUUUUUUUUAAACUUCAGACCUGUUUACUCUUACAAUUUUGCGUACAGUGUAAGAUUUUGAAGUGUAUACAUUUUAUAUACUGUAUGCAUAUUUUUUUUACUAUCAAGAUAAUGUGUUGAACGCUUUUGUGAUGAUAUUGUACGAUUUUUAGAGCUUGAGGGUAAACGGGUCUGAAAAUUGUAAAUUUUCUUUAAUAUAUUAAUUUCUUUUUCUAUGAUGAUUAACUGUUUAAUAAUAUUAAUAACUUUAUGCUUAAAGUGAUUGUUGUGCUAGUACUAGUAAGGUAACUAAUUUUAAACAAAUGUUAUGAAAUAUUUUUUUUAUUAUCCUAAACUUUGUUUAGAAUUUUUAAGUAAUAUUCAUGCUUAUUUCAGGAGGAAAAAGCAAAUCUGUCGAACUUGAAGAUGUGAAAUUUCAUCAGUGUGUGCGUUUGUCGCGAUUUGAAAAUGACAGAACAAUCUCUUUUAUUCCCCCUGAUGGGGAAUUUGAGCUCAUGUCUUACAGACUGAACACCCAUGUGAGUGACAUAAAUUUAACACCUCACUAAAUUUAUGGUUGUGUUUGCCUUUAUGAUAAAUUUUGCGUACCUGUUUACAUAUAAUGUUUUAAAUUUACAGGUAAAGCCCCUACUUUGGGUUGAGUCUGUAAUUGAACGGCACGUUCACAGCAGAGUUGAAUACAUGAUAAAGGUGAGAUAUAUUUAGUUUGUUUUUAAUAUAUAUUUUUUAAUAAUCGAAUAAUGUUUCUCCCCUCUUCCCCCAUGUAUUUUUUUAUUUCUUGUUGUGACGAUGAUUAAUUAGUGUUAUUUGUUAUAAUUAUUGUCCGAGUUAUUGCCUUUGAAAUGUUAUGAUAAUUGCCAACACAAAGACAUAGCUAACUAAUAUAUUUGUAACUGGCCAAAAAAAUUAUAUAUUGUUUCAUUGCAUGAAUGCUUCAAGAUUGCUACUUACAUUAGUCAUUUUAAUUUUAAUGACAACAAAAAGAAUUUUUGCUUUUUAUAUAUACAUAUUAAACUUUGAUAUAAUUAAAUCUCUAUUUUCAUUUUAGAUUGUGUUUUAACUGGUUUAUUUUUUAGGCUAAAAGCCAGUUCAAAAGAAGAUCCACAGCAAAUAACGUGGAAAUCAUUAUACCUGUACCGAAUGAUGCAGAUUCACCAAAAUUCAAAACUACAAUAGGGAAUUGUAAAUAUGUGCCAGAGAUCAACUGUAUCAUUUGGACUAUCAAAUCUUUCCCAGUGAGUCUUUUUACUGUAUACAUGAUUUUGUGAGAAUAAUAUUGCAAUUUAUCUUUUUCUAAUGUUAUCGAUAAAAGAUGCUGUCUAAAAAAAAAUUAAACUUUUCCAAUGCAGUCUAUUGGAUUUAGUGAAAAUCAGAAGCUGUGAUUAAUAGUGAUUGCAGAAAGUUUUAAUGAUUGGCAUUUUACCCUAUGAGGUACCAGUAGCAAAAUGUACUAAAGAAGAUGUCUAAAGAAAAGUAACAUCAACUCAAAGAGAGAAUUCAAUGUUCAAUAAUCUUAAGCUGUAAAAAAUGAAAAAAAAUUAUUGUUAAAAUAUUUAAUUUAUGUUAAAACAAUGUUGUAUAGGGUGGUAAAGAAUACUUGAUGAGGGCACACUUUGGCUUGCCAAGUGUUCAGAAUGAAGAAUUGGAAGGAAAGCCACCGAUAAGUGUCAAGUUUGAAAUUCCUUAUUUUACAGUCUCUGGUAUCCAGGUAAGCAAACUUAAAAUUUUAAGCAGCAUGACAUAUUUUUCUAGUAGUACUAGGAGUGAUUAAAAGAAAAAUUUCAAUUACAAAGUUAUGAGAUAUUAAAUUGUUUUAAUGGGGAAGCAAAUCGAUGCUUUUUUAAAUUUAUUUUAGACACCAAUAUAAGUAAAUUAAACAAUUUGACAAACAAAAAAGUUCGAAAGAAGUUUAUUAAUGUGCUCUGCUUAUCAUCGCGUGCUAUUAUUUGUAUCUAAUUUGUACAUUUUUGUCAAAUCCCAGGUUCGUUAUCUGAAGAUCAUUGAAAAGAGUGGUUACCAAGCGCUCCCAUGGGUUAGAUACAUCACACAGAAUGGUGAUUACCAGCUCCGUACCAACUAGUGUGUAUUUUGGUGAAGUCAGCUUGUGUCACAAUAAAACGUGAUGUAAAUAAUCCUCUAUGUAUGGUUCUAAAUUUAAGAACAUCGUAGUCCCUUAGUGUAAAGUACAAUAAAAAAAUAAUUGUAAUGUGAUGAAUUUAUUAUUAUAAAGGGGUUUACUAGUUGUUUUCUUUCAAGAAAGACCCAACAGCAUACAUAAAACAAUGGAGAGAAAAUUAGCACUUUAAGGCAUCAGAAUCUAAAGCUAAUCCUCAGAGGCAUAAAAUUAACAUCCGGCUCCAAGAAAGCUUUUAGUAGCACUGAGGAGCCUGAUUUGCUCAACCAAUCUAUUAGCCCACUUUGUAUAUUAAAAAUUUUUUUUUUCAAACAAUGAAUUGAAAUAAUUAUGCCGGCCCAUUUCUGUUUAUUUAUUUGGCCAGAAAUUCCCGUUACAACACGUUUUCAUUUCUGAGCAACAGUAUGAUUAAAAUUAUUAUAUUAGAUGUUUUGUUGAAAGAGCGAAUUAUGAAAAGUUCGUACUGGGAGGAAAAUUAAAAAUAUUAGUGUACCAACUGAUUUUACUGUAAUGUUUUGUAUUGGUAAAAAUUAAUGUGAAUUUUAUUGUUAACCUUCAUAACUUAAUCUUUAACAACUAUUGUACAUGCUUUUGGUUCUGUUAUAAAACAAUUGCAUUUUUUAUUUAGAUAAAACUAUAGAUGCAUGGGGGAUUUAAGAUUGAUUAAUGUUUAAUUUAAUGUUUAUUUAAAAAAAGAAAAUCUGUAAUGGAAGAUAUUACUGAGGUCAGUAUACCCUUCUGAAGAAGGGAACAGUUUUCUUAAAAAGGGUUCAUUGACCUAGUUCAAGAAUUUUGUUUAAUGAAUGUUCAUCUCCUUUAAAUGACAAAAUAAAUUAACACUUGUCAAAAUGAUACUUUAUAGCUGGCUUGCACAACAUACGGCCCACGUACUUUGGGGCCAGCCAAGUAAAGAAAUAUUCUUUGUUCUUAUUAUUUUCUUAAUAGCUUUCCCCUCGUCCAAUUUUCGUUUGGCUUGCAAAGUCCUGUCCUGUUUUCUUUUGGCCCCCACAAGUUUUUCGUAAAGUAUUACGGCCCACCUUACAUUUUGAGUUGUGCAGGCCUGGUGUAUGGGAGUAUCACUGCUUAUUUUAUGACUUAAUUAACAGUAAAUUUAAAAAAAACUAAAAAUACUAAAAAAAACACCAAAUAGCUUAGAAUUAUUAAAAAUUAAUUUCAAAAGUCUUAAAUAUGCUUUGAUUUCACAGUUGAUUUCUGUCAAGGUAUUGUUCUUCUUAACGUAAUGGGAUGUUAUGAUUUCAAAAAUAAAUUCAACUUAAAAUAUGUGAUUCUGUCAACUAGCUUAAUUUAAAUUGUAUAUUUUUGGCAUGAACUAACAAGCAGAAUUUGUUUAAACCAACCAAUCACCAUUUUUAGAUAUGAUUUUGGUAACUGGUCAUUAAAACAUUCCUAUUUAAAAAAUUCUC